AUGUCAGACAAUAAACCUCCACCACCGCCCCCUUCCUGCACCGGAGGAGCUAGGCCCAAAAGUUUCACCUGCUGUAUUGAAGAUGAGAAGUUCCUCUCCAAGCAAAUAUUUUCCACCUCAUUCUUCCCGCGCUCUAGACCAGGAUCCAACCCCGGCAGGUCUUUACUUCUUCUAUGGUUCUCUGCAAGAUCCAAGUCUACUUGUAGAUAUUUUGAAACUCGAAAGCCCUCCCACUCUCCGGCCAGCGCACAUCAACGGCUUCACAAGCCGGCUUUGGGGUCAUUACCCAGCUUUACUAAGGGGGAUUUAGAUGACACAGUCACAGGUACUGUGUAUGAGGUACCUACUAUGAAUGGUGCCAAAAGGCUGGCAGAUUACGAAGGCCCCAGCUAUCAACCAAUACCCUGUGAUGUUCUAUAUGCCGAUGAUGAUGUUCCUUCUCAGGCAAAAGCAUAUGUGUUCCUUUUUGUUGGAAACUCGCGUGACCUGAGUGAGGGUUCAUUUGACCUGGAGAAAUGGCUGGAGAGAAGGGCAUUGAUGAAAGACACCAUGAAGCCUGUUCCUCCUGUGAGCACAAGAGUUCAUGCAAAGAACAUACACUACAAGGGUUUAGUCCUCCGACUUCAAACCGGUGAGGUUGUCAGCACCCACGAUGCAUAG